GCAGGUAAGUAGAUAUUUAGCACUAGAAGAUGGGUUAAGAUGAUGGAUUGCAAUCACUAACCAAAACCCAUUUCAUAGAUUUAAAAGAACCCCAGAAGACAGCUCCAAUCAGAUCCAAGAUCCACCCACAUAUGGGGAUCGUUGACUUUGACUUUUGAGGUUCCUUCAAAGCUUUCAAUACUUUUUGAGCGAUGUUCACAUCUUUAGAAUAAAUCUUGAAAUACCCAUUUGUGGAGAACACUUUCUUAAAGUUGGGGGAAAAGUUGAAUGAAUGAUGGUGGGAGAAGGCAAAAUUCAAGAAACCCAUAGCAGGGAAGAGCAGCAAGUUGAAGGGGAUGAAAAUGGAAGCCCAAAAAGAGGGAUCUUGAUGGGAUGUUGUAAUACUAUCAGGGCUCCAAUUGAUUGGUUCAGAAUGCUAUCAAAGGAAACACAUUGGAGUCUUGUGGGUGGGGUUGUGGCUGUUUAUGGCAUAAAUCAAGGAUUUGGUGGAGCUCUUGCUAGAGUGGGUACAGAAUACUAUAUGAAAGAUGUGCAGAAAGUCCAACCAUCUGAAGCACAAGCUUAUAAAGGAAUCACCAACAUUCCAUGGAUUAUUAAACCUAUUUGGGGUCUUCUUACAGAUGUUGUUCCCAUUUUCGGGUAUCGCCGGAGACCUUAUUUCGUUCUUGCUGGUAUUCUAGGAAUUCUAUCGAUGUUUUUCUUGUCGUUCCACGAAAAACUGCAUAUUGUACUAGCAUUGGUGUGUUUAACAGUAGGAAGUGGUGGAGUUGCGAUAGCCGAUGUGACAGUUGAUGCUUGUGUGGCUCAGCAGAGCGGUAUUCAUCCUUCUCUUGCUCCAGAUAUGCAAAGCUUAUGUGCCCUGAGUUCAUCCAUUGGAGCUCUAAUCGGAUUUUCUUUAAGUGGUGUCUUUGUUCACCUAAUUGGUCCGAAGGGAGUUUAUGGGUUGCUAAGUAUACCAUUUGCGCUCGUGUUGCUAGUUGGCCUCGUGCUCAAGGAACCUCACUCACCGAGCUUUGCUUACAGACAGAUAAACGAGAAAUUUCUUGACGCUGCUUCGGCUAUGUGGACUACUUUGAAAUGCCAAGAUGUGUGGCGACCGUGUUUGUAUAUGUAUCUCUCCUUCGCGUUGAGUUUGAAUAUCUACGAAGGCUUGUUCUAUUGGGAAACAGAUUCGAAGGCCGGCCCAUCUUUCUCCCAGGAGACUAUCGGUUUCAUAUUAUCGAUUGGCUCGGUUGGAUCCCUUUUAGGCGCGAUAUUAUAUCAAUAUGGUUUAAAGACUCAUCCUUUCCGAGCUCUGCUAUUUUGGACUCAGCUGUUUUUCGGCUUGUCGGGAAUGCUUGAUCUUGUCUUCAUACUAAGACUUAACCUAAAACUAGGAUUGUCCGACUACUUUUUCGCGGUUAUUGAUGAAAGCGUGUUCCAGUUGGUUGGCCGUUUGAAAUGGAUGCCGCUACUCGUCUUAUCUUCGCAACUUUGUCCUCCUGGCAUCGAAGGCACGUUCUUUGCUCUGCUAAUGUCGAUCGACAAUUUUGGACUCAUGUCGUCGACCUGGUUAGGUGGGUUACUUCUUCAUGUCUUAAACGUCACGAGGACCCAAUUCGACAACUUAUGGCUAGCUAUUUUGAUUCGAAACGUGCUUAGAAUCGUACCUCUCGCUUUCCUAUUCCUAGUGCCGAAAAGUAGUCCCGAGUCAUCGGGCUUUUCUCGUAUGGAAGUAUUGAGCAUUUUAGAAGAUGGUGAAUCUCAUAUAGAAGUAUCGGGUAUUUUAGAAGAUAGCGAAUUGUCGAAAUCCGAGGAGGUGGAACUUACGCCACUCGUUAGUAACAUUGGUUGAACUCGGGUUUCGGCGACCUCAAUAUAACGAGGUUGGUAUAGGUCUCAAAACAUCGAGAAGAAUUCAUUCUUUACAUAUCUUGUUACAAUGAUUCGAAGUUGCAUACGAGAUGAAAUUUUUGUUGUCUGUUUAUCGAGAAGACAAAUAA